AAUCUAGAUUUGUGUUUCUAAAAGAUUAAAAUAUCAAACGAUCAAGAACAUGGCAAAGAGAAACAGCCCAUGUUUAUGUAUUACACGUUGUACGCGUUCCGAAAUGAAAGAAUUCUUCGAGAGCGGAAGAGCGUUGAUUUGUUUAUAAUACAACCAGCUUUUUAUUAUUGUGCGUACAAAGCGGUGGCGGUAGCGGUACUAUACGCACACCGUACGAGCUUAGUGCGUGGAGUUGUGUUAGUUAGAUGGAAGACGUGGGAGUGAGCGAGCAUGUGCUGUAGGCCGGCGUCAUUCCAACGUGCAAGUAGAUACAAAAUUUGCGUCAUUCUCUGAUUACCAGUACAGCGUGAUUCGGCGCGCAACAGCAUUACUGCGUGGUGGUGAAGCGAAAAAGGGCAUCAAACAUAGCAACCGCAGCAGUGAAUAAUUUGAAACGGCAAAGAACAAUUUCCGGAUUGAGUGAUAUAUUGUCAUGAAUAAGUGAAAAAUAUCCAUUUGAAAGCUCUACAGCAUCGGAAUAAAAACAAUGACUGCUAAAAACACUGCCCCACAGGCUUCGGAAGCAGUGGCAGCCAUCGGCAACAACGAGGGAUGUGAUAAAGUUGUGCUGAAACGCAAAAUCACACUAAUCAAUGGAGUUGGCAUUAUCGUGGGAACAAUUAUCGGCUCUGGUAUCUUCAUAUCGCCUACUGGAGUAUUUGUGUUUACCAGGUCAGUUGGUUCGUCCCUGGUCAUCUGGACGCUGAGCGGAAUCCUGUCGACAUUAGGUGCCCUUUGCUAUGCAGAACUCGGUACAUGCAUCACGCGCUCCGGUGGAGACUACGCGUAUCUGCUGGUCGCUUUCGGGCCACUUGUUGGAUUUCUACGUCUCUGGAUGGCACUGCUUAUUAUACGCCCAACUACACAGGCAAUCGUCGCAUUAACUUUUGCACAAUACGCGGUCAGACCGUUUUUCGAAGAUUGUGAAGCACCGGAAAAUGCGGUACGACUCCUAGCGGCUGUAUGUCUUUGCUUCCUAACGGCCAUCAACUGCAUUUCAACUAAAUGGGCAAUGAAAAUACAGGAUGUAUUUACCAUCGCCAAACUAACUGCCCUGGUGUCCAUCAUUCUGGCCGGCAUGUACUUUAUGGCAACGGAGUCACUCGAUAACUUUCAGAAUCCCUGGGAGGGAGAUUAUGCACUAUCCAGCCUUGCUUACGCUUUCUACUCCGGGCUGUUCGCCUUUGGUGGAUGGAACUAUCUGAACUUUGUUACGGAGGAGCUAGAAAAUCCGUACAAAAACCUUCCGCGUGCUAUAUGGAUCGCAAUGCCCAUGGUCACCGGUAUUUACGUUUUCGUCAACAUGGCAUACUUUGCGGUGGUAUCGAGACAAGAAAUGCUGGCCUCGAUUGCCGUGGCCGUUUCGUUCGGCAAUCGUAUGUUUGGUUCUGUCGCCUGGUUGAUACCGAUCUUCGUCGCUCUCAGUACCUUUGGUGGAGUUAACGGUAUUUUGUUCACUUCGGCUCGCCUGUUCUCGACCGGCGCCCAGGAAGGACAUUUGCCUGCUUGGUUUUCGCUUGUUCAUGUUGACCGACAAACACCAAUACCGGCUCUAAUAUUCACCUGCAUCACUUCCAUCAUAAUGCUGCUAUCGGCCGACGUAUUUGUACUCAUCAACUAUUUCAGUCAAAUCCUUUGGCUUUCCGUUGCUGCCAGUAUAGCCGGCUUGUUGUGGCUGAGAAUUUCAAAACCCAACAUGCCAAGACCGAUUAAGGUAAAUUUGGCCCUGCCAAUAAUAUUCCUCAUUUGCUGUUUGGGAUUGGUGUUGUUACCAUCGUUUACCGAACCAUUCAAUCUGCUUGUUGGACUUGCAAUAACCUUAUCCGGUGUUCCUGUGUACUACGUCUGCAUCGUAUGGCGUAGCAACAAACAAACGAAAAACGUGAUCAUGCAUUGGAUUGAGCGUGGCUGCCAAAUACUGUUUAAUGCAGCCUUUGUCGACUGUCAUCACGAUCGAAAACGGGAACGAGAAUUUUCCGAAAUGCAAACGAGCAUCGAAGACAAAAGCGUUAGUCACUAAGCUACUACUAGGUAAUUUAGCGCUGAGUACCAUUACACUUACACAUGACCUUCCGCUGCAAAAAGAAUUUAAUCGCCAAACGAAUAUCGAAAAACAGAACGAUUCUAAGACUGCUUCCAGCGGUAGUGCCAACAGAAUGAAGAAUGAAGAAAUCAUGUUUCUUCGAAAUUUUACUUAAGAAAAGUGGUACAUGGUAGAAUCCACAUUUGGGAUGUUCAUUUUUCUACUAAAAUCUUUUAAUGAGAAUCUCUAAGAUUGAUUUCAGUGCUUUAAAAUGAAACGAAGAUAGAACAGCAAGACCAUACUAAUGGAAAUCUUCAGGUUUUUUCUUUAAAUAGUAGGGCGCAACAGAUGUACAGAGUGUACAUUAUCUUAAAAUAUAAAACAACAAAACUCGUAAACAAAACAAUACACGGUGUAUCUGCGACGAAGUAGUUUCUGCUGAAGGUUUACUCUACGAUCUUUGCUUAUAUCGAUGUACUUAAAGGAGUUAAGAUAAAUAAUAAAUAAAUAUGCAUCGUUGUUUGAA